AUGGACUACAUCAUCGAUCCGGAAGGAGAUAUGCUCCUGUUUGUGGAGGAAUGCUCUGGGAACCUUCAUCUAGAUCUGGUUCAAAAGGAAGCUUCAACCCCCGAAACUCUCCCUCUAGAGUCUAGUUCGGAUGUGCAGGCAAUUGAUGAGCCGGCUCUGAGCCCAACUCAGUCCCAGUCUGAGCUCACUUUAGAUCACGCUUCCUCCGCUGGUAACAGUCGUCAGGCUGCCGCGCUGGCUAAAUCAGUGAUGCUCAAGAUUCGUGUCUCUUCAAAACAUCUGACCCUUGCCUCAUCGUAUUUUCGCCAGAGGCUCGUCCCAGAGACAGUCGAUCAUAGACCAGUCGAAAAAGACGUGGUCCCAGCAUGCGUUGAAGAUGUCGAUGCUUUGCUCAUCAUGCUCGACGUCAUUCAUGGUCAAACCAGGAAAGUGCCGCGUUUUAUUACCUUCAAGCAGUUGUUCAUGGUUGCGGUGGUCGUGGAGCACUAUGAAUGCGUAGAAGCAAUGGAGCCGUUUGCUCAGAUGUGGACUGAGAAUCUCAAAGCCGAUAUCCCUUCAGUGUAUUCAGAGGAAUUGGUUAAGUGGAUCGGUGUCGCUUGGAUCUUCCAACUGGAGGGUUUGUUCAAAAAGACUACUCGUACUGCCAUCCGACGAUGCACCGGGCCAAUCUCCGCCGUGGACGUUCCAAUUCCACUUGCGUUAAUCGAAGAAAUUGAGUAUUCGCGGCAGAGCACCAUCGACGACAUAGUCGACCGUCUUUUCAGGCGAAUCAACUGGGAGCUCAUGCCUGACACCAGCCUCUAUUGCUGCAACGACUGCGACGCAAUGGUACUCGGAACUCUCGUGCGCCAGCUGAAGGUUCAUGAGCUCUACCCUCUGCCAUUGCCUCCUUUCCGAGGGCUCAGUAUAGAUUUCAUGGUGCAAACAUUGACCACACUGCCCGAGCCCCGUUGCCAUGAGCUGGUUCACCCAAUCUGCAGCAAGCUGUCCAAGUGUCACCUUAUGCCGAAGGCGAAGGACUUGGUGGAGAAAGUGGACAGACAGGUACAAGGUCUCUUGCUCAGAAACGCCCACUUCUGA